UGGCGUCACCAAGGAGCGCCAGCCGUGCGAAAGUCUUCGUGGAGCGGCUGGGCGCGCUACUCCUGCAGGUCCUCGGGCGAGUCGGUUUCCAGAACGCGGUGCUGGUGUCUAGGCGCCUGCUGACCUUGGCCCCCCAACCCCGUGAGCCCGCGCCCGACAGCUCAGGACACCCCGCAAGACCGGCUGCCGCGGCCAGGACCCACGGUUUUCUUCAUAGGUUCUGAUGCUGGUCUCCUGCAGAAGGUUGCUCACAACUCUGCUGCAGGCUCAGAAGUGGCCCUUUCAACCCUCCAGAAAUAUGAGACUGGUGCAGUUUCAGGCACCCCACCUGAUGGGACCUCACCUGGGCUUGGAGUCAGGGAAUGGCGGGGGGGUCAUCAACCUCAACGCCUUUGACCCCACACUGCCCAAGACGAUGAUGGAGUUCCUGGAGCAGGGAGAGGCCACUCUCUCAGUGGCAAGAAGAGCUCUGGCUGCCCAGUUGCCAGUCCUACCACGGUCAGAGGUGACUUUCCUGGCCCCAGUCACGCGGCCAGACAAGGUGGUGUGUGUGGGAAUGAAUUAUGUGGACCACUGCAAAGAGCAGAACGUUCCAGUGCCAAAGGAGCCCAUCAUCUUCAGCAAGUUUGCCAGCUCCAUCGUGGGGCCCUAUGAUGAGGUCAUCCUCCCACCGGAGAGUCAGGAGGUGGACUGGGAGGUGGAGCUGGCUGUGGUCAUUGGAAAGAAAGGCAAGCGCAUCAAGGCCACAGAUGCCAUGGCUCAUGUGGCCGGCUUCACUGUGGCUCAUGAUGUAAGUGCUCGUGACUGGCAAAUGAGACGCAAUGGGAAGCAGUGGCUGCUGGGAAAAACCUUUGACACCUUCUGCCCCCUGGGCCCUGCCUUGGUGACCAAGGACAGCAUAGCAGGGAGAGCACAGCGGCACCUCUACAGCUGGUGGUACCAGGGCAGCACCCAUUCUAGGCAGCACGAUCCACACAACUUAAAGAUCUGCUGCCGAGUGAAUGGGGAGGUGGUCCAGAGCAGCAAUACCAACCAGAUGGUAUUUAAGACCGAAGAGCUGAUAGCCUGGGUCUCCCAGUUCGUUACUCUUUACCCAGGGGACGUCAUCCUGACUGGGACCCCCCCAGGUGUUGGUGUAUUCAGGAAACCUCCAGUCUUUCUCAAGAAGGGGGAUGAAGUUCAGUGUGAAAUUGAAGAACUAGGCAUCAUCAUCAACAAGGUGGUGUGAGGGCUCUCCCCACAGGCCCUGGACUUAAGAAGUGGGGCAUCCAUUCUCUCCCAGGGCCAGCUGCCUCUUCCAGGUAGAGUGAGAGAAGCUUGCUUUCCUCAUCAAUAAAAUUCUCAGCCAAAGCA